CUGACAAGAAACACAUAGCAAGCUUGAAAAGGGUGACGAAUCGUUUAGAUUUUGUCUCUCAUUGCUAUCAAAUUAUAUCAAACAAGCUUUCGAGCUCACACGACAUCCUUCAUUUUAACUCAUUCUUUUCAUAAGAUAAGAAACUCAUAAACCAAAGACAAGAAGAAGAUAGUUCAAGAAACAAUGGCCUCCCAGCUCCCCGCCUACAAGCAGGAAUUCCUGAAAUCCGCCAUCGACGGCGGCGUCCUCAAAUUCGGCAGCUUCGAGCUCAAGUCCAAGCGGAUAUCCCCCUACUUCUUCAACGCGGGCGAAUUCCACUCGGCCCGCCUCGCCGGCGCCAUCGCCUCUGCCUUUGCAAAGACAAUCAUCCAGGCGCAGCAGGAAUCCGGCCUCGAGUUCGACCUCGUCUUCGGCCCCGCCUACAAGGGCAUCCCGCUGUGCUCGGCCAUCACCAUCAAGCUCGGCGAGCUGGCGCCCCAGAACCUGGACGCCAUCUCGUACUCGUUUGACCGCAAGGAGGCCAAGGACCACGGCGAGGGCGGCAACAUUGUCGGCGCUCCGCUCAAGGGCAAGAAGGUCCUCAUCGUGGACGAUGUCAUUACUGCUGGCACGGCCAAGCGGGAUGCCAUUGAGAAGAUCACAAAGGAGGGUGGCAUCGUCGCGGGUAUUGUCGUCGCUCUGGACCGCAUGGAGAAGCUUCCUGCUGCUGAUGGCGAUGACUCCAAGCCGGGCCCUAGUGCUAUUGGCGAGCUGAGGAAGGAGUAUGGCAUUCCCAUCUUUGCCAUCCUGACCCUGGAUGACAUUAUCGACGGAAUGAAGGGGUUUGCUACUGCGGAGGAUAUCAAGAACACGGAGGAGUACCGGGCCAAGUACAAGGCGACCGAUUAAAAAGUACCUCUAUAGCUUGGCCUUUUGGUGCUUGAGCAACGUAGACGAGUAAACAAGUCAAAGACGUUGAUGCAUUGUAGUCAUAGGUCUUCACCUAUUUCUAGGUUGAACAGGACGGAAAGAAAAAAAGAGUAAACUGAAAAUAGUCUCAUUAUAUUCCACCUAUACCUAGAAAAAUACCCUGGAUCAUAUCUAGAUGCCAGCUACCUAUCUA